AUGGCACCUUAUGAGGCACUUUAUGGUCAUAUGUUUCGCACCCCUUUGUGUUGGACUAAGUUGGGUGCGCGACGUGUUCUGGGUCCGGAAUUGAUUUUAGAGACUGAGGAUAAGAUGAAGGACAUUGAGUAUUCUGUGGCGGACUUGGUUUUCCUUAAGGUCUCGCCAUGGAAGAAGGUUCUGAGGUUCAGUGACAAAGGUAAGUUGAGUCCCCGAUUUAUUGGGUCGUACCGAAUUCUGAAACGAGUCGGGCCAGUCGCGUAUCAGUUAGAGCUACCACCGGAGUUAGAUUGCAUACAUGAUGUAUUUCAUGUGUCGAUGUUGAGAUGUUACUGCUCUGAUCCCACGCACAUUGUGACUCUAAAGGAGAUUGAGGUUAGACCAGAUCUAACAUUCGAGAAGGAGUCAGUUCAAAUUGUAGAUCGCAAUGUUAAGGUUUUGCGUAGAAAGUCCAUUCCUUUACUGAAGGUGUUUUGGCAGAAUCAUAACACUGAAGAGGCUACUUGGAAGCUAGAGUAUUUGAUGUGA